AGUUGUAAAGAAGAUUCAUAAGUUAUUAUCAUCUUAUUACGACUAAUAUCUAGCAUAUACAUAUUUGGUCAUGGAUAGUAGGACCUUGAUAAAUAAUCUUUGGAAUAUAGCCAGAAGAUCGGUGCAUUUCAAAGUGACACCAAAGACUUAUCCUAAAGUUAAUAUCAAAGAUGUUGAAUUGAAUAAACCAAGAUUUGGAUUCAGAAGAGAAAGAGAUCCAUUAAUUUCACAAUCAGUCACCGAUACGUUAUUCCCAAACACUGAAAUCAAAAGUAGAUAUGGACAAGCUGGUAAACCAGUCCCUAUCAAAUAUAGAACCAAUUCUGAUCAAAUAGCAAGAAGAAAUUUUGAAAGUUUCCAAGAUGAAAUAGCAACUGGUAAACCCCAUUUUAAAGUUGGUGAAAAGAAAGUAUAUUUCCCUGCUGGUCGUAUAUGUUUAAUAAAACCAUCUGCUAAAUAUAGUCCUUAUCAAGCUCGAUUUUUAGUACCUAAAAGUAUGAAUAAAAUGGAUUUAAGAGAUUAUUUAUGGCAUCUUUAUGGAUUAAGAGCUUUAAAUAUUACUGUUCAAUUAACUCAUGCUAAAUAUAGAAGAGGUAGAUUUGAUUAUUCUCGUCAUAGAUCUCCUCAAUUCAAAUUCAUGACUAUUGAAAUGGAAGAACCAUUUGUUUGGCCUGAAUUUUCAGAAGAAUUUGUUAAGAAUAAAUCUCAAUUAAGUGAAUCUCAAUUAGAAUUAUCAAGAGUGGCAGUUCCAAUAGGGUCAGAUGCUGAUAAACCAAAUUCUGUAUUUGGAGGUAUCUUUAGUAAAACUAUUUUACCUAAUGCAUUCAUUCCUUCUAAAGUUCAAAAAGCAGGUUCAGAACAAGUUAAAUCUUAUCAACAAAGAGUUGAAACUAAACAUGAUAGACAAUCAGUUAAACAAUAUCUUGGUUUAUAAAAUGAUCAAUUCUUUUCGCAUGUACAUAUAAAUAAAUUCAUCA